UUCCUGCACAAACACACAAUUGAUGUAGCAUUAGCUAUUGCUAGGUGGACUCAAAGUUGCGUAUCCAUUGGUCUCCCAGUCCCAAAAAAGCAAAAGGUUAUGACUCAAUUAAUAAUGAUCAAGGGCUAUAAUUCCGACUUUCGUUAACAAGACAAAUGAACAAAAACAUUUAGUUAGAAAGGAUAUUUUGUUGAGAUAGGUGAACUGUUGUGCUCAGACCAAUGGUAUAUUAUGCUUCUAAGUAAAAUGCAAAAAAGACCGUCCAUCAGGAUUGAGUUACAGGUAAUUUGAAAGGACAUUCGACACACUUUUAAUACGUACUUCCAACUUUCUACGCAAACACAACAUUAAUGUAGCAUAAUCUAUUUCUAGGUGGAGUUAUAGUUGCUUAUCCCCGGUCACACGGUCCCAAAGAAAAAAAAGUUAUGCUUCAUUAAGCAUGAACAACGGCUACAAUAUCUUGACUUUCAUUAAAAAACAGAAUACAUGAAUCAAACUUGUACAUAAUUAGACAGGAUAUUUUGUUCCUGCAUACUAAAUUAUCACAUGGUGAUUAGGAUUGACUUUGAGAGAGUUCAUAUUGAUUGGCAGAAGCUAUAGAUUGAAAAUGCAAACUCAAAAUGUAGCACAAGUAUAGCUAGAUGGGCCCGUUGUUGGAAAAAUAAAACAGAAAUAAUAUUCACCGCCUAUGACAACAACAUUAAUGGAGCACUAAGACAUGGUAAUCAACAAGAAUAGAAAGAUAACAAAAGACAAAAAAUCACAAGUCGAGAGGAGCAAAUUAACUACUAUAGUAAUGAACUUUACACUUGCUAGUCCCGAGUAAAAUACUCAAGAGACUACAGACUCGAAUAAAAGAACCCGCUUUACUCACGAAUUAUUUUCUUACCGUGCUUGUGAUAUUUCUCACUGCUUUUGCUCUAUCUCGGUGUGUCUUCAACUAAGGUUUGAGGAGAAUCUACUCACAGAUGAGCAGAGCCGUGGGCUCAAAGAAUACUACCUUCCAUCACAUAUACCAAACUUGGUCAUCAAGAACCUCCGCCAACCAAGUUAAUUGGCACAGGCCAAUUAAUGAGUCACAGUUGCUAAUUAAUGACACGGUACAGAUUGUGGUUACCUAUAUAGUAGCGAAUUUUAUAUAAAGUGGUGGAAGCAAAGGCUUUUAGAGAACAACGAGUGGGGCAAAGCUACAACUAAGUACCUAGUUUCUCAAGAUUUGUGUUGAAGGAACAAAACAAUGGCUACUAAACCUGGCAUUCUCACAGAGUGGCCAUGGGCACACCUUCGGAAAUUCAAGUACUUGCUUUUGGCACCAUUUGUGGGUCAUAGCAUUUACUCUUUCAUCAUGAGCAAAGAUGAAAGCCAAAGGGACAUCUCAUACAUAUUCAUACUCCCAUAUCUACUCUCGAGAAUGAUUCACAACCAGAUAUGGACAUCUCUAUCUCGCUACAGGACUGCUAAGGGUAAUAAUCGGAUUCUAGACAAGAGCAUUGAAUUUGAUCAAGUUGAUCGAGAAAGCAACUGGGAUGAUCAGAUCAUACUUAAUGGGUUGGUAUUCUACAUUGCGUACCUGAAGUUCCAACAGACUCAUCACUUGCCUUUGUGGAGAACUGAUGGGAUCAUAAUAACUGCCUUGAUGCAUAUCGGUCCAGUGGAGUUUCUCUAUUACUGGCUUCAUAGAGCUUUUCACCACCAUUUUCUCUACUCUCGUUAUCAUUCACAUCAUCACUCCUCCAUUGUUACUGAGCCCAUCACUUCUGUCAUUCAUCCGUUUGCUGAGAUCGUAGCAUAUUUAACGCUCUUUCUUAUACCAGCGACCACAACACUUUUCACUGGAACUGCUUCUAUAGCUUCACUUGGUGUUUACACCACCUAUAUUGAUUUCAUGAACUAUAUGGGGCAUUGCAACUUUGAGCUCAUUCCUAAGUGGAUGUUCUCUAUGUUUCCCCCUCUCAAGUACUUGAUGUAUACGCCCACGUUCCACUCACUACAUCACACUCAAUUUAGAACAAAUUAUUCGCUUUUCGUGCCAAUGUAUGACUAUCUGUAUGGUACAGUGGACACGUCAUUAGAUACAUUGUAUGAAAAGUCACUUGAGAGGAAAGCUGAAUUACCUGACGUGGUGCACCUAACACAUCUAACAACCCCAGAAUCUAUCUACCAUCUCAGAUUAGGGUUUGCAUCCUUGGCCUCGAAGCCCCACGCUUCCAAGUGGUAUAUCUUGUUAAUGUGGCCUGUUACGCUAUGGUCAUUUUUUAUUACUUGGAUUUAUGGUCAAACAUUUGUUGUCGAGAGAAAUUUAUUCAGGAAUCUUAAACUACAAACUUGGGCUAUCCUAAAGUACAGGAAACAAUACUUUAUGCAAGGGCAAAGAGAUACUAUUAACAAUUUGAUUGAGGAAGCCAUCGUGGAAGCUGAUCAGAAAGGCAUAAAAGUUUUGAGCCUUGGACUCCUAAAUCAGGAAGAGCAGCUGAACAAUAAUGGUGAACUUUACAUAAGGAAAAAUCCUCAGUUGAAAGUGAAGGUGGUUGAUGGAAGUAGUCUAGUUGUUGCUGUGGUCCUAAACUCCAUUCCUAAAGGAACUUCGCAAGUGGUCCUUAGAGGUCGUUUGUCCAAAGUUUCUUGCUCCAUCGCCCUUGUCUUGUGCCAAAGAGGAAUUCAGGUUAUCAUGUUAGAUGAAGAAGAGUACAAGAGACUUAAAGCAAAGGUUACCCCUGAGGCUGCAACUAAUUUGGUCAAGUCAAAGACCUAUUUAUCAAAGAUAUGGCUAGUAGAUGAUGGAUUGAGUGAAGACGAACAACUGAAAGCUCCAAAAGGAACAUUAUAUAUUCCUUUUUCACAAUUUCCACCAAGAAAAGCUCGCAAGAAUUGCUUCUACUUCCACACACCAGCCAUGAUUACUCCAAAACAUCUUGAAAAUGUAGACUCUUGUGAGAAUUGGCUGCCAAGAAGAGUGAUGAGUGCCUGGAGAAUAGCUGGAAUUUUGCAUGCAUUGGAAGGUUGGAAUGAGCAUGAAUGUGGUGACAUGAUGCUUGAUAUUGAGAAAGCGUGGAAAGCUAGUCUUGAUCAUGGUUUUCGCCCAUUAAAAAUGACUUCUGCUGCUUAACAAAGGGUUAAAAUUAUAUUUAGACUGCUCCUAUUAUUAUUGUAUCUUGGAUCUGUGGUGACUUAGAACCUUGUAAAAUAUUUCCUCCCAACACUUUUGCAACAGAACUAGUUUGUUGCUCAAGGUGUUGCCUUCUAGAAGUUCUUCCAAGAAAAGUUACACUUUCGUUGGAUAAAUAAAAAGCAGGUCCAAUGCUAA